ACUUUCUUAAUGCUAUCACAUGCCACUACUCAUCAAUAUAUCUAUCUCCCUUGUGAACUUUGCUUACCUUCUCUCCAUAUUAUGAUCAUGGCAUAAAACCAAUAUUUCGAAUUUCUUUUUGCGUAUGAUCUCUUUACACAAAUCUUGUUAGGUAUACAUAAUUUUUGGAUUUGAAUUGGAUCAUGGAAGGUUCGUUCGACGAAGAGUGUGACUAUUUGUUCAAGGCGGUUCUAAUAGGAGACUCGGCCGUGGGGAAGUCCAAUCUGCUGUCGAGGUUUGCUAGAGAUGAGUUUUGUUUGGAGUCGAAGCCGACCAUCGGAGUCGAAUUCGCCUACCGGAAUAUUAGGAUCGGCGAUAAGCUCAUCAAAGCUCAGAUAUGGGAUACCGCCGGCCAAGAAAGAUUCCGAGCCAUCACGAGCUCAUACUACCGCGGGGCAAUGGGUGCCCUUCUCGUUUAUGACACAACGAGGAGGUCGACAUUCGAGAGCCUAAGGAAGUGGUUGACGGAGUUGAGGGAGUUUGGUAGCCGUGAGAUGGUGGUAGUGCUGGUCGGAAACAAGUCCGACCUCGCCCACUCCCGAGAGGUCAGCUUGGAAGAUGGUCAAAGCCUAGCCCAACUUGAGGACCUCUCCUUCAUGGAAACUUCAGCCAAGGAGAAUUUAAACGUGGAAGAAGCAUUUUUGCAAAUGAUCAAUAAGAUCUAUGCCCUCACUUCUCAUAAGGCCCUAAACACUAAACCAAGUGAUCAAAAAACUGAUACUAUUAAUGUUGAAACACUAAGUGGGAACAAGGAAAUCAUAUGUAUCGAUGAAGUGUCUGCCACUAAACAAACUAGUCGAUGUUGCGCUUAUUGAACAAGGUUGAUUGAUUUAUUAUGAAUAUAUUUGUUUGUGUUUGA